AUGUCACCACCAAUUCCUGAAAAAUUUGACUCCCGCUUUGCUGGAUUGGAAAAAGAUCCUGUGUUUCGUCGCAAACGAAAAGCAACUGUUAUCAUGUUUAUAUUACGUAUGUUUCUGCUUGGAGCUGAAUAUGCUAUUAUUUUACCAUCAAUUUGGCUUUAUUUGGAUACGUUUAAAGUUGAACCUUGGUUUCUAGGUCUAGUUAUAGCUGUGUAUCCAACAGCAAGUGUGAUAUCUCUACCUGUUGUUGGCAUGUUUUUUGAUAAAACAAAGAGAAUCAAAGAACUUGUAUUAAUAUUGAAUGGUUUUGAAAUUAUUGGUAAUAUUGUUUACGCAUUACCGUAUUCUAAAUGGUUAGUGUUUUUUGGUAGAAUGUUAGCAGGCCUAGGAGACGGUUUUUAUGCAUGUGCAAAUACGGAAAUUGUGUAUACAUACCCAAUGAGUGAAAGGACUGGAAUAUUUGCCUUGCUUGAGGUUGGGCGGGUUCUUGGGCUAACAUUUGGUCCAGCGUUAAAUUUUUUCUUAGCCACAGUUGAUUUUAAAAUUGGUGAUUGGUCUAUUAAUUUUGGAACUGCUCCUGGUGUAUUUAUGGCCUUAUUAUGGAUCCUAUCUCAGAUUUUGACUAUGUUUUAUAUUUCUAAUUUAUCUAAGUUAAUUGAUGAAAGAUCUAAAUAUUGUCCUAACAUACAACUUGAUUCCAGAGGUCCACCUCAAAAAGAAUAUGAAAUUGAUUAUAAGCGUGUUCGAGAGACAUCAUUGUGUGAAUCAGUACUUGAUGUGAACUACGGUGACGAAGAACCUUUAAUAAAACGUGGAGGACGGCCAGCUUUUCGAUGUUACCAAACAAUGAAUGGAAAGAUGAUGAUUGAUGACGAACUAACAGAAGAUGAUGAAUUCUUUCAAGAAUCGUCAAUGGAUGAGCCUGCAGUAGUUGUUACAAAAUCAAGCACAAUGCAACUGCUUUUACAGCUUUGUACCAUGGAAGUGUUGUCAAUAUUCUUCUCAGAUCUUGUACUGUGGUUAGCUCAAACAGAAUUUGAAGUUUUGUUGCCACUAGUUACUCAAGAGGAUUACGGUUGGGGAGAAAGGGAAGUUAGCGCGAUAUACAUGGUUGGUGGUGUGUGGUUGAUGUUUGUUUUUUUCUUAAUCUACAAAUUCGGUGACAAAACAAACGUGAAGGAUCAACACUAUGUUGUUAUUUCCCUUCUACUAACAAUCUUAGCACUAUUAUUUUUAAUGUGCGAACAAAUACCUGAUGAAAAGAACAAGAAAACAAGAGUUGGUAUAUUUUUAUCGAUAUGCGUGGUUGUGUUUUCAGCAAUUCCUUUGAAUUUGGUAGCCAUAAAAUCUUUAGUUACAAAACUUACUCCAAGAGACUCACAAGGUGUUACACAAGGGGUGUACUCAUCUAUUAGUAGGGUAACACUCAUCCUUGGACCACUUUUAGCUGGAAUAUGUUUCAAUCACAGACUUGUAUUUGGUGCCUUAAUGGCAACGUCCUGUAUAAUAGCAUUAAUUUGGGUUGUUCUUUCUUUACGCAAGAUAAGGAGUAAAAUAGCACUUAUGGAGGAAAUAGAUUCGUAA